GUGCAGUUCAGUGCAUGUUCAGUGCGUACUAAAGUAACAGUCCCAAUCCCAGACAAAUAAAGACAGAACACAAUGGGCGACGCAGCACUAGCACCAGCAUCCAAGGAAAAUCUACUGAUAACCUUCAUGCGCGACUUAGCGCCGGAUCAACUGGAAGAAAUCAAGGCCAAGUUCCCCCAGCUGGAAGUAUUAAGUGUGACGUUGAAGAUGGGGGAGGAUAUUCCUAGUGAACUAGCCAGAAAAGCAACUUACAUUGUUACAUUUACUAAUCUCCCGAAACCCGAGGAUGCCGAGAAUAUUAAAUUCAUCCACUUCCUCUCCGCCGGUCUGGACCAUGCUAUCCAGCACCCCAUCUUCAAGGAAACUGCCAUCCCCUUGACAAGCAGCUCUGGGGUGCAUGCGCCCCCGAUCGCCGAAUGGACGGUUAUGAACUGGCUCGUUCAUUCACGCAAGUAUGCAUACAUGUACGAAGGGCAGAGGAAACACGAAUGGCGCGAUAGCAACAGUGGGUACUUCCAGGGGGUGCACGAUCAAGUCGGGAAACGGGUUGGGAUAUUGGGGUAUGGGAGUAUUGGACGACAGAUCGGCCGCGUAUCCCAAGCCCUAGGCAUGACAGUCUACGCCUACACAGCCUCCCCACGACCAACCCCGUCCUCACGACACGACAACGGGUUUAUAGUCCCCGGAACAGGGGACAAAGAAGGCACGAUCCCCAUAUCUUGGCAUCAUGGAAUCGACAGAGCAUCUAUCCGCGAAUUCCUUAAACUCGGUCUGGAUCAUAUAGUCAUCUCGCUUCCGCUGACGCCGCAGACGACGCAUCUUCUCGGCGCGGAGGAAUUUGCGCUCUUGGCUUCUAGUCAGGGAUCGAAAGGCGUGAAACCGUAUUUGACAAAUAUCUCACGCGGAAAGGUCCUCGAUCAGGAGGCGUUGAUUGGCGCGUUGAAGUCUGGGGAUUUGAGCGGCGCGGCGUUGGAUGUGACGGAUCCUGAGCCCCUGCCUGCCGGGCACCCGUUGUGGGAAGUUCCUAAUGUACAGAUUAGUCCGCAUGUGAGUUCUUUGGGGGUGGAGUAUUUUCCGAGGUCGUUGGAUAUUGUCAAGGAGAAUGUGGGGAGGAUAAUGAAGGGGGAGGAUUUGUUGAAUGUGUAUAGGAGGGGGAAGGGGUAUUGA